AUGUCGGCUGUGCCCUUCAAAGUGAAGGCGCUGUACGAAUACUCCUCUCCUCACGACGAUGACCUGCAAUUCCCUCCCGGUGUCAUCAUCACCGUAACCGAAGAAGAAGAUGACGACUGGUACGUUGGCGAAUAUGUCGACGACGCCGGAGCCAAGCACGAAGGCAUCUUUCCCCGUAACUUUGUCGAGAAGUACGAGCCUCAAGCACCACCUCGACCUGUGAGAAGCCGCACCAAAAAGGAGAACGAACCGCCUGCUGCUGCGCCGUCCGAGCCCGCGGCUGCCGCCUCGUUGCCUGCGUCUGCGCAUGCCCCGGUGCCUGCUCCGGUGCAGGAGCCAGAGCCUCAAUCGACCCGACAGUCUGAACCAGAAGCCCCUCGUGAUGUACCUGUUACAGAGGAGAAGCCUGAGAGGGCAUACGGCAUUCCAGAGCCCGCUCCCAUCGCUAUACCGCUCUCGUCCAAGGAACCGGUAGCUCCGGUCGACGGCACUGUUCAGUCCCCGAAGGAGAUCACCGAAAAUCUGCCCGAGUCGACUGCUGCAGCUACUACGGAGCCUGUUCCUGCCCCUCCUGUGCCCAAGGCUGCCGAGCAUGCCGCCUCUAGUUCUCCUCCUGCCGCGAAGCCCGUACCGGCGCAGGCGAAACCCUCGAGCGGCCCGCCCGUUUCAAACAAGCCGUCGAGCAAUGCGUUCAAAGACCGCAUCGCGGCUUUCAACAAGUCGGCACCGCCUCCCGCACCCUUCAAGCCUAGUGGAAUAGGUGCUGCCGGCUCUGCUUUUAUCAAGAAGCCCUUCGUCGCUCCGCCUCCCAGUCGCAACGCCUACAUCCCCCCGCCUCAGCAAGCCCCCACUACGAAAGUGUAUAGGAGAGAGGAGGAUCCCGAGAUCAAGGAGCAAGAGGCCGAGACUCACGACAAUGCGGAAAAGGCUGGAUUUUCCACCUCCAACGACCAAGACGACGGCGACUCUGACCAGCCCAAACCUACAAGCCUGAAAGAGCGCAUCGCGCUACUUCAGAAACAGCAGAUGGAACAAGCGCAGCGUCAUGCCGAAUCGGUCACCAAAAAGGAAAAGCCAAAGCGGCCGGCCAAGACACGCACAGAGAGCCACGAUGCCCCGGAAGCCCUGACUGAGGGCCCAGACGUCACCUCUCCUGUGCUGGAGGGUCCUGGCGCCGAUGAUGUCGGUGCGAGAACUUCGAUUGACUCGGACAGACUUCCGCCUCCACCGAGGCGCAAAUCCUCCAAGGGCCCUGUGGAGUCAUACCACGAUGGAAAUGAAGCCGAUAUGUCGGGGGCGGGCGACACGACUGAGGGACAGGAGGAUCUCACUGAGCGCGAGGACAGCGACGAGAGGCCUCGCCGCAUGUCUCGCGUGCCUACGAACCCCGGGCCUGUUCCUCCUCCUCGGGCGUCGAUCGAUAAGACUGCCGUCAAGGAUGACGCUGAUGUCGUCGAGGAGGAAGCCGCUGAUGAGGAGGAAGAGGACGAUGAUGAGGAUAUCGACCCUGAAGCCCGGAGAAAGGAAGAGCUCCGUGCCAGGAUGGCGAAAAUGAGCGGAGGUAUGGGCAUGAUGGGCAUGCAUUCGCUCUUUGGUGGCCCAGCACCAGCCAGUGCACCGCCCAAGAAGAAGAAGGCCGACAAACAGCACGCUGAAGAAGCCGAGGAGGCAGCAUCGCCCAUCAGCGCAGCGCCUCCAGUACCUGUGCCAGGUAUGAUGGCGCUGCCCGGCAUGAGCGCCCCGCAUCGUGUUUCCGAACCUACCGAAACCGAGGAGCCUCAGUUGCCCAGGUCGCCCACUUCACCUCGUGCGCCUCCCCCGCCUCCCGCACGCCCUACGGGGGAUGACGAAGAGGAGGACGAUGCUCCUCCUCCCCCUUCAACUUCCAGACGCUCCGCUGGCCCUCCUCCUAUCCCUGGAGGCAGACCAGCACCUCCUCCCGUUCCUGUCGAAGCCCGUCCUGUUCCUGCACCUCCUCCGGCAUUGGCGUCGCAGAGCGAAGGCUCUGAAUCCGGCGACGAGAUGUCAGGUGCUCUUCACGAUGCAACCAGAUCGGAUAUCUCCGGGCCUGCGGCUAGAUCCCCUCCGGUUGCUCCGACAUCACCUAUCUCGGCUCGUCCGCCGCCCAUUGUCCCAAUUUCUGGCGACGAGACUUCGUCGUCACCGCCCAUGGCAAUGGCGCCUCCGGCCCCAAGCAAGCGCAAUAGCCGCCCGCCGCCGCCAAUUCCUGGCGCAGCACCCGCGGUGCCCGCCGGCCAAACAAGACCUCCUCCUCCUCCGCCGCCUGGAGGUCCAUUGAGCCGGCAGUCAACGCUAGACACGUCGUCUGCUGUUCCGCUUUCUUCUGGAAGACAUGUGGAAGCUGAUGACGAGGAAGUGACAGAGUACGAGGGAGAUUACGACACAGACAUUGCAUCGUCCGCGCCGCACAAGGAUGCCCUCAAGUCCCAUGCGAGGGACUCGAGCAUUGAAGAUGUCACCCCAGUCAGGUCACCUGCGACCGAUGCGCCUCCGCCCUCAUUUCCACCACCCAUUCCGACUGGUACUGCUCCCAGGGCGGUUCCUCCCCCGGUCCCAACACAAGCACCUCAAGCGCCCCCGCCUGUACCAUCCCAGGCGCCGCAACCUCCUCCCGCAGACAAGCGCCGUUCCGUGGAUGUCCCACGCGCCGCUCCGCCACCCCCGCCUCCUGGCAAGGAGGCAGCGACACCAUCACACGAUGAGGAAUAUGACCCCUACAACUACUCUGCGCCGCCAAGGACUAGCACCUAUGGCCAGCGAACCCCGAAAAUCGAAGAGGAGGCUUACUACCAGAGCCCUCCUCCUCUGCCUUCGCCCGGCCCCCAGACGAGGGCCCCGCCACCAGCACCGCCGGCCAACCGUGCUCCCGGUCGUCAAUCUCUGGAUGUGUCGAGGCCGUCUGUGAACAUCAGGAGGUCCAUAGACGCACACCGCCCGUCCAUGGAAUCUGGUUUCAUUGCUAACGAUAUUGAUCUCGCAACACAGAGUGGAUGGUGGCGCCAGGCCAAGCAGGUUCCGCCAGUGCUUCAAGGCCGGCGCGACUUGUACUACGAGUCGGACGAGACGACUUCGAACCACCAAGGCGCAACGAUUGUCACUCGUACCAUCUACGUUCUGUUCCAGGACUAUUCACAGACAAUCAUCACAGUGGCCUUUGACCCCAACGACCAGUCGGAUGUCGAGGCAGAACAGCGUCAUGAACCUCCUCCGCGAGCGCUGCGCCAGGACCAGCUCGAGCAGGCGUACGAGCGAUACGGCCGCGUGAUCGCCAACGCCGUCACGUCUAAGAAGGACUCUGUCAUUGGCGAUGGCACCCCUCAGGCCUUAGUUCACGAGCUUCUUCGCCCAUUCCAGGACGUUUUGUUACCUGUGGGCACCCGUGGAUACGGUGCGCUGGUAUACUCAAACCUUGCCAACGCGUCCACGCAGCAAUUUGAUGAAAUCAGGGCCGGUGAUAUCGUCUCGAUCCGCAACGCCAAGUUCCAGGGCAAGCACGGCCCAAUGCACGCAAAGUACACAGCUGAGGUCGGCAAGCCGGACCACGUGGGUGUUGUGGCCGAGUGGGACGGAACGAAGAAGAAGGUUCGCGCUUGGGAGCAAGGGCGGGAGAACAAGAAGGUCAAGAUGGAAAGCUUCAAGCUUGAUGACCUACGCAGCGGCGAGGUCAAGGUCUGGCGCGUGAUGCCGCGCAGCUGGGUUGGUUGGACGUAG